CAUGGAAAAAUAAAAAUAAAUUUUAAUAGAGACUUGCAGGAAGAAGAUGAAGCUUUCUCUUCCCUAAGCUCCGCUUUCUCUUUAGCGGUUUCCGUUUUUCUUUUUCCUAAACAAGAGCAAAACGUUUAAGAGAUUGUUGAGGCUAGGGAUAAAAGAAAAACCAGCAAAAAAGUUGUUAUCAAGUUAUGGAUCUGAUUUGUAAGAAAAGUUAGGGAGGUUUCUACUCAAUGGUUUUGUUAUAAAGUUGAUUAAUGAAAUUAUAUCUUGAAUUGGGCAUUCCAUCAUUCUCCUCGGUAUGGAUUGGGUAUCAUUGGGUGAAGCAACCUCAUAGUCUGUUUGAUCAGUGUUAUAUAAUUGAUCAUGAUGAUGAUAUUUGUGAAGAUGUACCUGAAAUAUUAUGUGAAACAGAAAUGACAACUGAAGAAUAUGAAGAACACUAUAAAGCUAAAAACAAAGUUGUUGAUGAAGGUGAUACAGAAGAACAAGAUUUCAAUAGUGAUUAUGUUCACAUUGAAAAAGAUAAUGAGUCGGUUACUGAUGUAAAGGAAUCUAUGGCUUCUAAAAGGGAUAGAAACCUACCCAUUCAUGAUAAUGGCUCUAAUCCAUUUAUCCAGGGUCCUAUACUAGCUGCUCAAGGAGGGGCCAUUAAUGAUAAUGUUCCCAAAAAUACUCAUGUUGAUCUGAUGGAUUGUGUAGAAAUGGAUGAAAAUGAAACGCUUGUUGCUAGCACAAAGAAGAAUGUCGUGCAAAAUCACGAGAGCCAUGCAAUUACUGUAAUUAAUUCUAUCUUUCUCACCUUUUAUACUUGUUUUACUACUUCUGUUUUUUUCUUCAGUAGAUAUUUUGUUAUUAAUUCAUCAAAAGCAUAUUAG